AUGGUAUCCCGCUUGAAAAUACCGCGCGAGCAUGAUGAUCACAAGGACUUGUUAUAUAUUUGCUUGACAACUGAGAUCAUUGUGGCAAUGGCGCCCGGCAAGAUUCUGGCCAAAGCGUUUGGCAUUGAUACGGAGUAUCGUGCAAAGAGGGAGCCAACGGAGACUAUCCAAUCAGCUGCAGCAUCGGUCGAACAUUUGCACCCUUAUGUUGAACAAGAUGUAACAGUGAAGGAAUGGCUUCAAGAGAUGGCCCCUACAAGGUCAGGUGUUGCCCAUUACUUCAAAAGCCUGUUCCCCUUCUGGUCUUGGAUCUUUCACUAUAACAUCACGUGGCUUUUUGGAGAUGUCAUUGCUGGGGUCACCGUCGGCUUUGUCGUUAUCCCACAGGGCAUGGCGUAUGCCAUACUUGCAGGCCUCGCACCACAGUAUGGACUCUACACUUCAUUUGUCGGAUUCCUCUUAUACUGGGCAUUCGCAACCUCCAAAGACAUUACCAUUGGAACAGUUGCUGUCAUGUCGACAUUGGUCGGCAACAUCAUUCUGCGGGUUCGCGACGUUCAUCCGGAGUUUGCACCGGAGCAGAUUGCGAGAGGAUUGGCCGUGAUAUCGGGGGCGAUCCUCCUGUUCCUUGGGCUCACCCGUCUCGGAUGGAUAGUCGAGUUCAUCCCGUUGGUAGCUAUUACUUCGUUCAUGACAGGCGCCGCGUUCAACAUUGCCGUCGGCCAGGUUCCCGGUCUGCUAGGUAUCAGUGGCAUCAACACGCGAGAAUCGACCUACAAGGUCAUCAUCAAUACCCUCAAGGGUCUCCCCACUGCCAAGCUCGAUGCUGCUAUGGGAUUGUCUGCCCUGUUCUUGCUUUAUCUGAUUAGGUUCUUCUGCGACUUUAUGUCAAAGAGACAGCCUAACAAGAAGAAGCUAUGGUUCUUCCUGUCGACCCUUCGGAUGGCUUUCGUCAUCAUCCUCUAUAUUCUUAUUAGCUUCCUUGUCAACCGUACGGUUACAGAUGCAACAAAAGCCAAGUUCAAGAUUCUUGGCACAGUACCCAGUGGUUUCCAAGUUCACGGCGCUCCAGAUAUUACUACGAGUCUGCUGUCAGCAAUCGCACCCGACAUUCCUACGACUAUCAUUGUCUUGCUCAUUGAGCACAUUUCAAUUUCCAAGUCGUUCGGGCGGAUCAACAACUACACGAUCAACCCUUCACAAGAACUAGUCGCUAUAGGCUUCACCAACAUUCUGGGGCCAUUCCUCGGAGCAUAUCCGGCCACUGGGUCCUUUUCGCGAACUGCAAUCAAGUCCAAAGCUGGAGUUCGCACCCCACUUGCCGGUAUCUUUACUGCGAUUAUUGUUCUUUUGGCACUCUACGCGCUUACUUCCGUGUUCUUCUUUAUACCGUCAGCUAGUCUGGCAGGUAUUAUUAUCCACGCUGUCGGAGACUUGAUCACUCCACUCAACGUGGUUUACCAGUUCUGGCAAGUGUCGCCAAUUGAUGUCUUCAUCUUUUUGGGUGGAGUCCUUAUCAUCAUCUUCACUGAGAUCGAGACGGGCAUCUACUUCACGAUGCUCGCAUCAGUUGCACUCCUGUUGCUGCGUCUUGCACUGUCAAGAGGCAGUGUUCUAGGCGAGGCUAAGACUUACCGCGUGACCAAGGACACAUAUCGUGAUGGCGAUCAUGGAAACGGAAAGGAGAGAGGAGCGUUCAUUCCUUUCGACAGAUCCGAUGGUUCGAACCCCACCGUCAACGUCCAAUCUCCGUAUCCGGGUGUGAUUGUGUAUCGAUUCAAUGAGAACUUCAACUACACCAACUCCGGCAGACUUAUGGAUGAACUGACCGCAUACGUUCAACACUACACACGGCCCACGGAACUGGAUGUCAACCAGAAACUCGGUGACCGUCCAUGGAAUAACCCGGGGCCACGACGUGGACAGAAGAUCGACCUGAACGAUAGCCGGCCGACCCUACGCGCAGUCAUUCUCGACUGCUCCGCCAUCAAUCAUGUUGACACAACCUCCGUCCAAGCUUUGAUCGACACCCGCAACCAAUUGGACCGACAUGCUUAUCCUGAGCCUGUCGAGUGGCACUUAGCCAACGUCAAGAACCGUUGGUCCCGCCGGGCAUUUUCUGCAGGUGGUUUCGGAUACCCUAGCCACUUGGUGCUCGAAGCCAACCCACAGUGGAAGCCUAUCUACAGUGUUGCCACGAUGGAUAGCUCCAGCGACUUCCACAAGCAGUCGGCCAUAGUCGCUAGCAAGGACCUCGAGUCCGUCGCGGAAGAUAUUGAUCGUAUUUCCUCGCGCUCCGGUGGAGCUAUAGGGUCGAAGAUUAAGGCUGGCGGAACCCCAGGGAACCUUUCUCCUAUUUACGGCAUCAAUCGCCCGUUCUUCCACCUCGACGUUGCGACAGCGGUAGAAAGUGUUAUCGCUAACAUUGAGGCCGAAGGUCCUCGUAAGCGUGCUGCGAUCUGA